CCCUUCUCUCGACUCCCACAACUCGCCCACGCAAAGUAUUCCACCAUGCCGCCAGCUGAGACUAAGGGCUACAAGUUCAACCACACGAUGAUUCGUGUGAAAGAUCCCAAGAUAUCGCUCAAGUUCUACUGCGACGUUCUUGGCAUGGACCUUAUCCAUGAGCAACCCAUGACGGACUUUACGCUCUACUUCCUCGGCUACAACGAGAACACCGAGGGCGCGGGCACCGAGGAGAAGCGUCAGCGCCGCCUCAAUCGCGAGGGCAUUCUCGAGCUCACCCACAACCAUGGCACUGAGAGCGACUCGAACUUCCAAGGCUACGCCUCUGGCAACACCGACCCUGGCCGCGGGUUCGGCCAUAUUGCGAUUUCUGUUCCUGAUAUCCAGGAGUGCUGCGCUCGCCUUGAGUCGCUCGGCGUCCCCUUCAAGAAGCGCCUCACGGAUGGUCGCAUGAAGAACAUUGCCUUCGCCUUGGACCCUGACGGUUACUGGGUUGAGAUUGUCCCUCAGAGCCUUUCUGAACACCCUAACAGGCCCGAGUGAAUGCUAGAGGGCUCGCACCUGUAGCACGUGAAACAAGGAAUAAGGAAUUCGCAUGUACAAUUAUCCAGAAUACGAAGGAUAUACCGUUUACUACCUUG